UCAUCGUCGGAGAGAAGUCAACUACUGUAAUACUAAUAUUGAUUAUCUCCGGUCAAACAUGUUCACAAUUUGAUAGGAAUUUAUACAUUCUAGCUUCCAUGAAAGAACCUUCGCUUUAACCCCACACGCAUUUUAGCUUAUUCCUCAAGAAAUCGGUCAACUGACAAUUUGAUGAAUCCUUACAUAUAUAACUACACACAUGGAGCGUCUUUGCAUAUACAAUCCUUGAUUUGAUUUCCUUUUAGAAUUUACCCAGAUCGAGAAGUAAUGGUCCUCCCACUGUUGAAGCUUGGGACACUUGCAUUGAAAACUCUCAGUAAACCCAUUGGCAGUAGGCUCAAGAAACAAGCUGGAUUGCACCCCAAGUUCCGUAAUUUCAUUGUUAGCAUGGCCCAGGCAAACCACCGGAUCACAACAACAAUGCAGAGGCGGUUAUAUGGUCAUGCAACCAAUGUAGAGAUACGGCCUUUGGAUGAAGAAAAAGCUGUUCAAGCUGCUGUUGAUCUUCUGGGGGAGGCUUUUGUCUUUUCGGUUGCAGUUGCUGCACUUUACUUUGAGGUGCAAAGAAGUUCUCGGUCAGAAGCCAAAAAGGAGGAACUUCGCAGGCAAGAGCUGGAGCAAAUGAGGGAAAGAGAUGAUGCAUUGUCACGAGAGGUGGAGAGCCUGAAAAGCAAAAUUCAAGAGCUUGAACAGUUGGCAAGGGGACGAGGACUAGCUGGAGUGUUCAAUUUCAGACCUUCUCAAGUUGAAGAAGGCAAGGUACCAACACCAGCUUGAUCUAUUGUGUGAUGUUUUUGGCAGCAAAAUGAUCAGAUGUUUUCUCAUUCUUUGGAGCCAAGAAUCAUAUGCCUUCUGUAAACCAGAAGCCUAGGCUCCUUGCUGAAAAUGAAGUUGAAUCUUAUGAAAAUUUCCAUUGAUGUUAUCAAUACUGUGAGUUCCAUAGCCUCCUUUCAUUUAUGGCACUAUACUGAUUUUACUAGUGUCUAACACCACAUGCUUUCAAGAGACUUGUGUACUUAGCACUUAGCAUCAUAGGGUGCUAAUUGUGAAAUGUUGGAUUUGGAGAUUUUUUUUCCAGCCAUUUUCUAAUGUUCAGUACUGGUGAGGUGACAUUUUGACCAGAUGCUCCUUACCUGCAAAAGUUUUAUGUAAUACUAAUAUAACACCAAUAUUUAUACUUUAGCACAUUUCAAUCCCAUCCUAUAUGAAUGGGAGGCAUCAUCAAUUGACUACAGCCCAUAGUGGGGUGUGCCCUUUAUGCCUU